AUGUAUCUCUCCAAUAAUACCCGACCAAAUAUAGCUUUUGUAGUAAGCUUAUUUGCAAGAUUCAGUUCCUCUCCAACAAAAAGACACUGGAAUGGUGUUAAGGAUAUUUUCAGGUACCUCCGAGGAACAAUUGAUAUGAGAUUUUUUUAUUCUUAUGAAUUCAAUUCACAAAUGAUUGGUUAUGCAGAUGCAGUUAUGUUGUCUUUCUUUGAAAACAAAGAUUCCAACGACACUGUAAUACUGUAUGAAGAUAAUACUGCUUGCAUAGCUCAAUUAAAGGGAGGAUACAUCAAAGGAGACAGAACAAAGCACAUUUCACCAAAAUUCUUUUUCACACAUGAUCUUCAACAGAAUGGUGAGAUAGAUGUUCAACAGGCCUGUUCGAGUGAUAAUCUUGUAGAUAUGUUCACUAAGGUAUUACCAACAUCAACCUUUGUGAAGCUGAGAUACAAGAUUGGAAUGCAUCGUCUCCGAGAUAUCAAGUGA